GGGGGAGGGGGACCGAUGGCCAAAGUCAUCCAGAAGAAGAGUCACUGGACGGGCCGGGUACACCGGUGUACGGCGGGGGGGGAGCUCAGCCUGCUGGGGGGAGCGGAGUUCGGGGAGUUCCUGUAUGUCGGGGCGGACGGGGGAGACGGGGGGCUGGGGGAGGGGGAGCUUCUCCUGGAGGUGUCCGGUGUGCCGGUGUCAGGACUACCCAGAUAUGAUGUACGGGAACUGCUCAGGAGCUCCGGGGACUCCGGUGUGCCCGUCACAGCUGUCCGACAAGGGAGCCGACUCAACAAGGACCUGAGGCAUUAUCUCAGCCAGAGGUUCCAGAAAGCUUCCCCUGACCACGAACUGCAGCAAAUCAUUCGAGAUAAUCUUUAUCGCCAUGCAGUGCCUUGCACAACACGUACGCCUAGAGAAGGGGAGAUCCCUGGCGUGGACUACCAGUUUCUGACUGUACCAGAGUUUUUGGCUCUUGAACAGAGUGGAACUCUACUUGAAGUUGGGACAUAUGAAGGUAAUUAUUAUGGGACACCGAAGCCUCCAUUCCAGCCCGUCAAUGGGAAAGUGACUUCCGGUGAUGCAUUGCAAAAUCCAUUCUCCGGCUCUAAGCAGUCGACCCCCAAACGGACAAAAUCUUACAAUGAUAUGCAAAAUGCUGGCAUAGUGCAUACAGAGAACGAUGACUAUGACGAUGAGGCUCCUGAAAUGAACAAUAGUUUUACAGCAGACUCUAGUGAACAAGACGAAAACUCGAGUAACACUACCCAAGAGAUUCCCCCACCACUGCUUCGGACCCUUCCUAGUUUUCACACCACGGAAGGUUCUCAGAAGUUGCCUCAAUACCUACCUCCUAUUGACGAGGACCGCCUUGGACCCCUGCCUGAGAACUGGGAGAUGGCCUACACAGAGAAUGGAGAGGUCUAUUUUAUAGACCACAACACUAAAACUACAUCCUGGUUAGAUCCACGGUGCCUGAACAAACAGCAGAAGCCUUUAGAAGAAUGUGAAGAUGAUGAAGAAGGGGUCCACACCGAGGAACUGGACAGUGAACUAGAGCUGCCUUCUGGAUGGGAGAAGAUUGAAGAUCCUGUGUAUGGAGUCUACUAUGUAGACCACAUAAACAGGAAAACACAGUACGAAAACCCAGUUCUCGAAGCCAAACGAAAGAAGCAGCUUGGACAGCAGCAGACAGAAGAUUGGCCAGGAGAGCACAUGCCUGCCAUACCUCCGCCUCUCAUUCUGCCCAACAACUUUACUCCCAAAAAGGAGCCAGCAAGAGACCCUUCCACCCACGCUAAACCAUUCUUCACCAGGAAUCCAUCCGAAUUAAAAGGCAAAUUUAUCAACACAAAACUACGGAAGAGCACCCGAGGUUUUGGCUUCACUGUGGUUGGUGGAGAUGAGCCGGACGAGUUCUUGCAGAUAAAAAGUUUGGUUCUUGACGGCCCUGCUGCUCUAGAUGGAAAGAUGGAAACGGGAGACGUUAUUGUGAGUGUGAAUGACAUUUGUGUACUCGGAUACACCCAUGCUCAAGUUGUGAAGAUCUUCCAGUCAAUACCAAUCGGUGAAAGUGUUGACCUUGAACUCUGCCGAGGUUACCCGCUUCCUUUCGAUCCCGAUGAUCCCAACACAAGUCUGGUGACAUCGGUGGCCAUUCUGGACAAGGACCCUAUCAUUGUCAAUGGACAAGAGACUUACGACUCGCCAUCGAGCAACAGCAGUAAAACCAGGAAAGCCAAUAACAUAAAAGAGCCGAGGCCUAGCAGCCCCGCGGACUUGACUUCAAAUGGUUCCCAUGGUUACCCUAAUGACACUGUUUCCUUGGCAUCCUCUAUAGCAACACAACCUGAACUCAUUACAGUGCAUAUAGUGAAAGGACCAAUGGGAUUUGGCUUCACCAUAGCCGAUAGUCCCGGUGGUGGUGGACAAAGAGUGAAACAGAUUGUAGACAGUCCUCGGUGCCGCGGCCUCAAAGAAGGAGAUCUCAUUGUGGAGGUGAACAAGAAGAAUGUGCAGACUCUUACUCAUAAUCAAGUUGUGGAUUUACUGAUCGAAUGUCCAAAGGGAAGCGAGGUCACACUGCUGGUACAAAGAGGAGGACUGCCAGUCCCAAAGAAGAGCCCAAAGUCGCAACCACAACUUGAAAGGAAAGACAGCCAAAACAGCUCCCAGCACAGUGUAUCGAGUCACCACAGUGGGCACACAGCGUCCCCAUUGCGCAGUGCCCCUCUUGUCCCUGACUACCCAUCCACUGAGGCACCACCGGUAGACCAAGUUGACGGUUCAGGACAGAAAAAGCCUGAUCCAUUUAAAAUCUGGGCUCAGUCCAGGAGCAUGUAUGAAAGCAGACUUCCAGAUUUUCAGGAGCAUGAUAUCUUCUUGUGGAGGAAGGAAACCGGCUUUGGCUUCAGAAUUCUUGGAGGAAAUGAACCUGGGGAGCCAAUUUUCAUAGGUCAUAUCGUGCCUCUAGGAUCAGCUGAUGCAGACGGUCGGUUGAGAUCAGGCGAUGAAUUGAUCUGCGUUGAUGGCACCGCUGUGGUUGGGAAAUCCCAUCAACUCGUAGUACAGCUUAUGCAGCAAGCAGCUAAACAAGGCCAUGUCAAUUUAACCAUAAGGCGUAAAGUAGUUUAUCCAGUCCUCAAGACAGAAAAUGAAGUCCCUGCCUCACCAGCAUCUUCCCAUCAUAGUAGUAACCAGCCUGCAUCUCUGACAGAGGAGAAACGCACUCCCCAGGGCAGCCAAAACUCACUAAACACUGUUAGCUCUGGCAGUGGCUCCACCAGUGGAAUCGGCAGCGGUGGCGGUGGAGGGAGUGGCUUAGUCAGCACUGUGGUUCAGCCUUAUGAUGUGGAAAUUCAGCGUGGCGAAAAUGAAGGUUUUGGAUUUGUCAUUGUGUCGUCCGUCAGCAGGCCGGAAGCCGGAACCACUUUUGCUGGAAAUGCAUGUGUGGCCAUGCCUCAUAAAAUAGGUCGGAUAAUCGAGGGCAGCCCAGCUGACCGUUGCGGAAAGCUCAAAGUGGGAGAUCGGAUACUGGCCGUCAACGGGUGUUCCAUCACCAACAAAUCGCACUCGGAUAUUGUCAACUUAAUUAAAGAAGCUGGAAACACUGUAACUCUACGCAUCAUCCCUGGAGAUGAAUCCUCCAAUGCUUCAUUACUGACCAAUGCCGAGAAAAUUGCCACGAUUACGACCACGCAUACGCCUCAGACAUUAUCCCAGGAAACAAAGAACAAUUCAAAACCAAAGCAAGAGCCCCAGUUUGAGUUCAAAAAUCCACCAGCCACUCAGCAACAGGAACCAGAAUUUUAUACAGUAGAGCUUGAUAAAGGAACGAAAGGUUUCGGGUUCAGCCUCCGAGGGGGAAGGGAGUAUAACAUGGACCUUUACGUUCUACGUCUAGCAGAAGAAGGUCCUGCGGAGAAAUGUGGGAGGAUGAGGGUCGGUGAUGAGAUUCUAGAAAUCAACGGAGAUACCACAAAGAACAUGAAGCACACUCGGGCAAUUGAACUGAUUAAAAAUGGCGGUCGGCGAGUGCGUCUAAGUCUGAAACGUGGAGAUGGUUCUGUGCCGGAAUAUGAAGCCAACAGUGACAGGAGCAGCCCCACAGCCAGCGCACAAAAUCUUUCAAAAAUGAACACUCUGCCAUCAGAGAGACAUCCCAUGCCAUUGGAGUUCAAUUACCCACCAAAUACUCACAAGUCAUUACAGCAUGAGGAAAAACGGAUUCACAUCAAAGACCCUAAAAGCAGCAGGGACUACAAUAAACAUAAUGACCAUCACACUUGGAAUGGGUCCUCUAAAAAUUAUUCUGUACAAAGUGGCCGAAGGGAAAGGUCUCCCGAGGCCAGGCGGCCAAGGCAAGGGGAAAGAAUGGCAGUCAAUGGACAGAAAAAAAUGUCUCCUGACAAGAGAGUUGAAGGGACAAAGAGUGCUGAUGACACUUUUGAAAGGAAAGAAAAAGAGAGAAGAAGAGAUAGUUCUUCUCAAAGAACUAGGGAAAGGUCACCUGUGCGAAAAAGAGAUGGGUCACCCACCCGUAGAAGAAAGUCUCUGGAUCGCUUUAUGGAUCAAAGAAGAUCACCGGAUCGAAGAAGAGAGAGUUCACCUGAACGAAGAAGAGCAAAGUCAUCUGACAGGAGAAGGGAAAGAUCUCCUGACAGAAGACGGGACCGCUCCCCUGAAAGAAGGAGAGAAAGGUCUCAUGAAAGGAGGAAGGAAAGAUCUCCAGACAGACGAAGCAGAGAUCAAAAGUCCAGCAAUCGAGACCGUGAUGAUCAUAGUCUGAAGUCUGAUACUAUGAAAAAUGCUAGACAUGCCCAAGAACGGAGGAAACCCUAUAAGGAAUGUAUCACAGACCUCAGUAUCUGAUCAAUCUGAUGUCACAUUCCAGCCUUUCCAGUGGGAGGCUUUCAGAACAAAAAUUCUUUAUAGUGUCUUAGCACCCAACACGUAAUGACCCUGUACUACCAUGGAAAUGUUUUAUGCAGAUGAAACCUUACUACAGAGCGUUGUGCCUGAUGUAUAUUAAAGAAAGUAUUUUUGAUGUAUCUUUUUUUAAGUUAUUUGCCAAAUGUAAACCCCUAAGGGAUAGAACAUGCUCUUCAAGGAGGUAUUUUAUUGACUUUUUUGGACUUUUAUUUCUGACAUCUGUAGAACAUGUUCAUGGCACUGGACAGUAAAUACGAUUUUUUUUCCCCUCAUUUGUGGCUAGGCUUAAUCAUCAAAUUUAUUUUUCUGACUGUUAUCUGAAAUGGCAGCCGAUGUAAUUAGAAUUAUAUAGGCCGGUGGUAAGAAGUUAGGAAAUGUGGAAACAAUUGUGAAGAAUUUUGUCAGUCUAACUGAUCUAAUGGAGGAUAAUCAAGACUACUAUUUCAAUGAAGGAAAAAAAUAAGCACACUUCAUAAAAGCAAGUUAUGUUACCACAUUAUAGUUUGCUAGGUGGGCCUGCAGUAGAUGGGUUAGGACACCAGCUGAAAGUACUUGGCAAGUGGUAAUCGAGACCCUAUAGUGUUAAACUUUGACGAUUACAUAAUAUUUCAAAGACUAGCAGUCUAUUGGGUUAGAGCAGUGAUCCCCAAUCUUUUAUAACUUAUAGCACAGACCAGGUUCCAAAGUUGACCUGCAUGUCUGUAAUGCACUAUACAGCCACUGACAAUAAAUCAGGUCAGAUAUGGUAAUUAUAACAAACAGCCUAUCAUUGGCACUGCACAAACUCACCUCCACAGGUCCCAAUUUAAAUCUGUUGUGCAGAUAUAAAAAACAGAACAUUUUUCUAUUUAAAUUACAAUCUUUGGAGUAAGGCAGCUCUUUUGCUACUGGAAGUGUUGGUGACCUAUGUGAAAUAUACAACAAAAAAAUCAACUCUUUAGGAUCUUUUUGUUUUUAAAACAUUUGGAUCUUAUCCAAACUUUUAAUAAUUACGAAAACUCAUCAGAUUCCAAGAGGUUGCCAAUUUGCCAUUAGGACUGGAAUCUGGCAUCCCUGUAAGAAAUCUAACCAAUUAGAAGCCUUUAAUUGCGACCUGUUUUCAUUUCAGAUAGUUAUAUAAUACAGAACUAGCUUUAAAUGGUAGCUCUGUAAUCAGAGGAUGCUAAGAUCAAUAUCCAGUUGGGCUAAUAACAUAGGUAUCCCACACACCACUGGUUGGAGAUCAGUGAUCUACAAUAGUUUUCUGGCCCCUAUUUUAAAGUUAUGGUCAGGAUGGGUGAACCACGGUGCGCCAAUGGAAGAUGUUGGGACAUGCAGGUCUCAUUGCAUGGCCCUUUACUUUUUUAUAUAUAUAUUUAAGUAACUAACAGUAGAUGGUGUCACAACUGCUGCAUAUUUUCAGUCUAACAUAUUGCUUUACUGCCUAGCUGAGCCGAAAUGUCUGCCACUUCUCCAAACAUGCCACACUUACGGUGCAUUUGUACAUUAAAAAAACAAAAACGAAAAAAAAACAUACUGACGUGAAUGAGCGUUGCAAGUCUAUCACUGUUGUUGCUAUGGUACUGUACAAAAUAAUGGCCAAUCAUUGUGUGUACAGAGGAGAAAUUGUAAUUAUUCAAGCCUGUUGAAAUAACAAAAAAAGCUUUUUUUCCUUGUAUAAAAGAUACUUUAUGAUGAAGAAAAAAUCAUGAGAGGAAUGUGAUGUGUUUUUAUAUUUCUGAGAAUGAAGAAAAAAUUAUAAAUCAGGAAUAUAUUUUAAUGUAAACUGAAUCAGGUAUGUAAAGGUGUUUUCUUUUUGGGGAAUCGGAUGCCAUCGGAGUGACCUGGAAGUGUUCGUUGCUUCAAGAUUGGGACUAGAUUAUGGCAUUUGUGGACCUGCUUGUCAAGUAUAAAGUACUUGUAUACAUUCUUCAAUGGUCAUUUCUUGUACCCAGUCCAUGGUGUUAUCUUUUCAUUUUUGAUUUUCUUUUUGUCUUGAAGAAAAUGAGGUUUGUGGGCCAAUCUUUGUUUUGAAACACUAUGCAUAGAUCUAUUCGACACUGUUCAUAACACUGCUUUAUUUAAACCUAUGGAAGUUAUGACAAUGAUUUGAUUGAAGGUGAUUGUUGACUUUGAAAAUACAGGCUUCCUGACAUGGGGCAAUACACAAUGUAUGUAGCUAGACAAGCAAGUCUGUGAAUGCUAUUUUUAUUAUAAAUAAAGUUUUCAAUACAAAAUGUA